AUGGCGACCGCACGCCUUCCUUUUCUAUACCCGAACUUCCUGCGUGCUGUGCGUGCGUGUGAGCCCACCACCUACCAUUCAGUCCGCGCCCCUCCAGCAGCUCCCGCAAAGCCUCGUCGGAAAGCGAAACUGCACACCUCUGCUCGCCGGCAGCAAGACGCUUUCCCCCAGAGAUACGGGCCAGCUGCUUCCCAGAACCUCCCGCCUCCACCAAAAUCUUCAGGACCGUCGAGUCCGCAGCAAGAAGCCAAGGAAAAGGACAAGGCAGGGGCAAAAGAGACCAAAGAUUCAUCCCAGCCGGGCUCUGUGAAGGAUGCACCAACGGCAGAAGAAGUCGGGCAAGAUGAGCCUCAAGCAUCCAAUGCUACAUCAGACUAUAUCGACGAAGCAUCAAUGACCAAGAAAAACCAUAAAAUCAACGUAGAAGAGGGCAAUCCUUUAGAUAACAAAGAACUCGACCUGAUACUCGCGGUCCCCUCGCCGUCAGAAGUUAAAGGCAAAGACGCGCCCAAGCACCCACAUCUCGAGCCUUCUCCAUACGAGCAUCAUUUCGACACUUACUCGCUUGUGCAACAAUUAGCGGCCAAAGACGCCUACACCGUCGACCAGGCCAUCACACUGAUGAAGGCCAUCCGCCUCAUGCUCUCACUCAAUCUCGACGUUGCCAAGGAAGGCCUUGUUUCCAAGUCUGACAUUGAAAACGAAUCCUAUCUAUUCCGCGCCGCUUGCUCCGAGUUGAAAACCACGCUGCAAACUACACGACAUUCCGAGACGCUCAAGCAGCGCAGCCAACGGGCACAGUUGCAGCACGAGUAUGACAUCUUGAAUCAGAAAGUGACGCAAGAUCUGAUGACGCUCAAGGAAGAAUUGAAGGGGCUAUUCAAUGAUCGCAAACUGGGCUUGCAGGAGGACAAGCGCAAGAUCGAUAGCAAGAUUUCGGAACUGAACUAUGAAAUCACGGUCCUUCUGAACAGCGAGGCAAGGAGCGAGGUCGAGGGGUUGCGGUGGGUGUUGACCCGUCGCGCGGCGCUGGCGAUCGGGUUCUGUGCUUUCAUGAUAAUAUCGGCCCUCAAUUACUCCUCGAUCAAGAUGCGCGAGAAGGAAGAGGCGGAGAAGAAGCGCAAAGCCGCGGCGAAGGCACAGGAGGAACGCGGGCAGCAGUUCCAGCGCGAGCAGUCUAAAUAUCCUGGCCUGAGUCGGGCCCAAGGCACGCAAACAGAGGGCGUCGCAGCAGUCGCUGCUGAGAGACUGGACUGA